UGCACUCUGGACUUGUCAGUCUCACAGGGUUCUGGGCACAUCUCUUCUCAGCUAUGAGUAGAUCAAUAGGAUUUAAUAUCUGCGUGGUCACCUGCAGCAUUCUGCUCUUGUCCUCCAGUCUACCAUGCCUCGCAUCUCAGCCACUGGAGGAGAAGGACAUGACAAAGGUCCAGCAUGGCCCCUGGGUAGGAAAUGGGGUAGAAGAUGAAAGGACAGGCAUGCUGAACUUGAAAAAUAACCUGGGCCCUUCUGAGCAGGCUGUCUCUGAAGAGCCACGCGAAGUGUCAGCAAAACCAUCUGAGACACCCUUAAAUGAAGCUUUCACUGUGGAAGGAGAAAUGCUGUCUGUAAGCCCGAGCCAUGUUAUCCCAGGCAGCCAGGGCCUGGGUGCUCACACUUCUGCUGUGGCAGUGGCUGCCACAGAUGAGGAGGAGCUUGGCCCCACGAAGUCAGAGCUGGAUGAGGAUGAUGUGUUCAAGGCCAUGCUGACAACAGCUGUAACCACGCUGAACCCUGCUGUCCAGGAGGAGUCUGUCAGUGGCCACAUCAGUGAGACCACAACGGAGGGUGGUGUUGAAGUAGAGCCCAGCUCUGCUGUUCUCUCAGCAAAACCCCUUUCUGGGGCAGCAACGGAGGAGGAGGCAGAGAGCAGCUCACACCCCUCAGCUGCACCCCAGCCCAUGCUGUACCCAAGCUCUCCCAGCUGGGAAACAGCCAGUGACCACCCUGUCAUCCCAACUCCACAGGCUCAUGGCGUGACCUCUGAGGUGGGAACACCAAGAGCCCGCACAGGGAGCCCUCUGAGGUCCCUGGUUUUGCAAGCAUCUGUGGCUCCAAAACGUCCCCUCAUGGUGACUAAGGCCUCCCUCCACCUGGAAGGAGGGACGGGUGUCAGGGGAGGAGAGCUGCCUUCCACAGCUGGCACUGUCACCAGCCGUCCUAUGGACACUGUGCCACCUGAUUGGGACGACACAAAACUAGGGGCCAUCAGUCAAGGGGGAAGCACAUCUCAUGAGGAGGUGACAGAGGACCUGGGGACAACAGAACCAUUACAGACAACACAGGGAGGUGUGGGGGAGGAAGAGGAUGUGACAAGAGUGCUGCCAGCCCUAGCAUCACCUCCACCAACUCCUGGGCUUGCCGAGGAGACCAACUACACAGCCCUGGUGGAAGGGGAGGAGUUGCCAACAGUUUCCACAGAUGGCAGUGAUGCUUUCCACACUGUGAACAUGACGGGUGUAGGCACGGCUGGUCUCAGCUCGCUGGAAAACAUAGAUGCAGUCACAGCAGAGGAGGGGAAGAGCAUCCCACCGUCACAGCCGGAGGCUGCUGUGGUGACAGAUGCACAGUCUGAUCUCUCUGCUACUCCGGAAAGCUCAUGGAAAGGUGCUACUCAGGAGGUGACAACAGUUGCCCAGGAGGCCGAUGCUGCUCUGUCAGUUGUGACACUGACACCUGGCACUACACAGGGAACAGGAGCUGCAAGCCUUCUGCAGGAAAACAGUGGGGAGGACACCCAGAUGACAACUGCUCCUAGUGCCACCCAGGUGCUGGUGGCAACUGGUACUUCCCCUGUGGCAAAUACUCCAGGUGUAGAAGAUCUCACAGAUGUGGUACUGGUCACCAGCGAGAAGGCUGUUUCUGCUGCUGGUGGAUUGUCUGCUACCCAGCCUGGACAGACAGAGGAGCCAUCCAGCAGAACUGUGGUCCUGGUAACUCCAGCAUCAAUGGCAUCUUCUGUCAGGAGGACAGCUCUUCCACCUGUGAGGAAGAUCAGUACAGCUGUGACCUAUGGGCUAGACCGCCUGGAGUCAGAAGAGGGUGAGGAAGAGGAGGAAGAUGAAGAGGAGGAAGAAGAAGAGGAGGAGGAAGAGGAAGAUGAAGAAGACAAAGACGUAGAUUCGAUGGAUGAAAGCAUGGAAGGUGACACGGAGCUGCCAGGUUUCACACUUCCAGGCGAGACCUCCCAGGAGCCUAUAGCUGGCUUGGAAAACCCUGUGGCCCAGCUGGCUGGGGUGUCCUACCAGGUUCCUGACACCAUCGAGUGGGAGCAGCAGAACCAGGGUCUGGUGAGAAGCUGGAUGGAGAAGCUGAAAGAUAAGGCAGGAUACAUGUCGGGGAUGCUGGUUCCCGUGGGAGUCGGAAUAGCCGGAGCCCUCUUUAUCCUGGGAGCGCUCUACAGCAUUAAGAUCAUGAAUCGCCGAAGGAGAAGUGGCUCAAAGAGACACAAAAGAAAGCAGAGGGAAUUUAACAGCAUGCAAGACCGAGUCAUGCUCCUCGCCGACAGCUCCGAAGAUGAAUUUUGAGUUGAACUGCAGUGCCCUUGCGGUAGCCCGUGACUUUUAAAAAGAAAGGAGGGAGGGAGAGAAGAAAAGGAACAAGCGACUUUGUGCUGCAUCGCUGCUCCCCGCCGCCCGGAGCCACCGGUCGGUCCCACCCCGGCCCAACGGCAUGCUACGCUCUACGUGUACCACCCAGUGAUCUUUGUUUUGACACAGUAGUGAGAUUUCACAUUCGCACCCGGCGCCUCAUUCCGAGCCACAGCUGGAGCUGAUCCAUACGGACGAUCGUUUUCCUCUUACCCCGGUGUACUCUCCUGGUCCUGGCUGGCAGUAAUCUAAUCAUAACGAUAGCUCUCCCCUAGCCCGGGAAUGGAAAUCUUUACUGUGAAUGACUUCUGUCCAAUUUGUUAAUUUUAAAUGUUACAUUACCUGAGCUAGAGUUCAUUAGUGCUAAGAUUAGCUGCUCUGCUUAAUUAAUGAGUUAUACACUUGGACUGUAUCCCUUGCCACCUGAGAAGUGCCCACGUACAGUGUUGUUGAUACAGUUUGAAGCACAUUUCUGCACUCGGGUCCCCGGCUCUCACCCCUUCUUUCUUCCUUCGGCUCUGCUCCACGCUUCUUGGAGACACACAGGAAUGGCCUCGACACUUGAUUUCACAGCAAAAAUCAUAGUUCAUUGUCAACCAGCACUGUCUGUUACAGCACAAUAAAUACCAGCGCUCACCUACUGACGGAUGGUCUUGCAUGGAUCUCUUAGCUUUUGUUCUGUGUGCAAGUAAGAGAAGAGCCAGGACGGGGGGUUCUUCAGCUUCUGCCCCCUGUUUGAAGGACACUACUUAUGGGUUCUUCUCUUUCAUAAGGCUGCAUUCACGGAGAGAUGAAAGCAGAGCAUCUAUCUCCUUUACCUGCUGGAAACUUCAUUUUCAGCCCCUGAAAGCUGCGUGAAUGGCAACACCUUUGGAGGAUCUGGGUGGGUCCUGGUCUUCAGACCACCCAAUGCAGAAAGGCACCAAAGAUUGUGGAGCAGGUGGCUGGCAGAGUCCACAUCCCUGAUUUGUGGCUCCUAGUCAGAAAGCAGUGGUAGCCACAGCUGGAGAGGUGUCUGCUAUGGGGAAGGGAAGUGGUCUUGCUGGGAGCCCUUGGCCAUGGAGGGAAAGGAGAAGCUGGAGGACAGCUGGCUGCAGAGGGUUGUGGAAGUGAAGGCCAAGGGUGGCAUGGGGUGAGGGCAAUCUGCUGUGCUGCCUGGGCUGCUCGAGCGGGUUGUAGAGGGAGACAGCCAGGGGUCUGAGACCUUAGGGGAAGCGAGCAGGGGAAACUAAUGUUGCUUUGCACAGAAAUGCUGUCAAAAUAGCUAGAAAAAGGGCUGCGUUACUUUAUCUCUGCUUCUGGUUGUGAAAUGACAUCAGUCCGAGUCUGACAUUUAUGUAAAACAUUCAUGUUUCUGAGGUGGGAAUCACUGUUCUGUGGGGAAUUGUCCUUCAUACAAGGAACAGCCCCUGUUGCCAGAGGAGACCUGAUCAGCUAAAUAAGACCAGACCCCACGUCUGCUGAGAUUAAAUCCCACUCGAUCUUCAGAGAUGUGGAAGGGAGGAGAGUUUGAGGAGGAUUGCAGGAUUUCAUUCCUUGUAAAGCUGAAAAGGCCCAUCAGAUUGAGAUGGCUAGAUGCAGAUGAUUGUAAGCAAAUGUCUCGUGGGCAUGUAAGUGGGUUUGCAACGUAGAGAGGAUAUUUGGAAGACCCUCCUGAAGCUCUGUUCUCUCUUGAGAGGGUCAGGGCCUCGUCUGGACAUUAAGUCAUCAGAUGUGAUGUUCAGCUCUGAACAAGCAGUGCUCUUCAGAGCCCAGGUUCUUCCCUGUAGGCCUUACCCACACCUCUACUGAGUCACCUGGCAAAGGACAGGCAGGACAGCCUGUAUACAAAAUGCUGCUACUAAUGCUAGUCUUCCAGUCCAAGAGCUGUGCGUGGUCCCUCACAACAAGUGCUUGGGAAGCAGGUUGGCCAAGACACAGGAAAACGUGUUGGGAAGUCUCCAUACCCUAAUCCCUCUAGGACAGGCUUUCCCAGCCAGGGCUCCACAGAGCUUGCAGCUCUCCCUGGCAGCCCACUGUUAAAUCCAGGUGUUCCUACCCAAAAUUAAAGCCUCUUUCUUCCAUAACAAGUGAUCAGUCCAAAGUAAGAAGAAGUUUUCCUUCCAGACUGAUCUCUCCCUAUUUUCUUCUCAUUCCUAAGCCUCUUGGAGCUUGGAGGUGGUAGGGACGUGUUAACGGUCCAGUUGAGCGUUGCUGGCUUGCAGUUUUUGGAAUCAAGAAAUAUUGUCCCUUGGACUCUUUGGUGAUUUGUUCCUAGCAAGGCUUGAUGAGGGUUGCAAGGUAGGAUGACUUCUCCUCCAUUCCAGUUUGCUUGAGAUCAUCUCCAGAAAGCCUUGUCUUUUAGGUACAGCACCGGGCAGGCUGGGGACAGGACUACAUAGGCAGCACCAUGAUGUUCUUGAAAUGCUUUACCUUGGUCCAGCCAGGGAGGCGUGGAGAAUAAGCAGUGACGAAGGGCAUUGGCCUCUCCUCUGUUGGAGCAGAAGGGAGGGCAGUUGGGCUGGCUGAGCCCUUUGCAUGCAGUGGUGGCCUGAAAGAGAGACCCGAAAUAACACUGGGAAAGAGGAGCUGCCAGUGAUGCUGCAGCACUGAGCAGAUGUACCAGCAAGACCCAAGCGGCUGGAGAUCAGCAGGGUUUUGUGUGAUAACAGCCCUUGAAGGACAUUCUCCUCUUGCUUUCCUGCUAACGGUAGGGUGUCUGCUCAGCGUGUGAUCAUGGCACAAGGUGCGUUAAGGAACAGAUAAAACACAGGGCUCUUGGGGCAGUGAGGAGGAGGAGGAGGGAUGGCUGAGCGUGGCUGCUGGUCUGACUGUGAGUACCACAGCUCCGGCAGCGCAAGGAGAGCUUUAUGGAUGGAUUGUUGAUUUGAUGGAUUGGGAAAGCUGGUGGGGAGGUGCCGUGGCCUUUUGUUGUGCUCAUAAAUCCACGGUUUGGGAAACUCUGACUUCGUGCAGUGGCAAUCAAUUUCACUGUCUCUCUUCUUCUCCCUGCCCAACGUAAUGAAGUUGAGAAAUUAAAGGCAGUGCUGCUGGUCAGAAUGAUGAAGGUGCCCUGGUGUCCUCAAGAGCCAGGUGUAGCUCAGCAAGGACAAGGCGUGGGUGGCUGGGACGCUGGAAAUCAGCAGGGCUGCAAGUGGAGCUGACAAACCUUUGCAGAUAUUAGAGUGGUCAUACAGCAAGUAUGUUGGGACAAACUGGGCAAGCAGGAGAGUUGUAGCCACAAGGGAGGUCCAGCUGAAGGUGCAGUUCAUUGUUGGCUCUGUGGUCUGUGCUGGAGCCAGCCUGGUGGAAUAGAAGAGCUGCCCAAAGAUUUUGGUUGUGGUCCAUCUUCACUCCCAGGCCUCUGAACACCACCAGCCAAGGUGCCUUGGUGGGGAGCUGCUGGCUGGCAGAAGACUACCGUUGGCCAAUUUUCUGAGCCACUCAGCAGUGCAGAGAGGUCCCAGCCCAUGUCCGGUUGAUGUGGAGGUGUUUGUUGAAUAGUUGGGUUUGGUCAGAGCCUGGGGGCUCCCUGUGUCUUCAGCUUAGUUCUUCUUAGCGUGGAGGCAAGAGGGAGAGGCAAAACCAGCCCUGGGUCCCCAGUGAAGCUUGUAGGAGCCUUUGGAGCACAGAGAGGGUUUUCUGCAGUGCAAUUUCUGCAGGUCCUUAAAGCACAAGCAUCGUUCAGCUCCUUCCCUUCUCGUCCAAGGCCACAAGGCUUUGGAUUGGGCUCUUAAAAAUAUUCUCUGUAUAGUUCUUGGAGUUUGAUUCAUUUGCUUGAAAUUAUGAGAUUGCAGGCAGGGAGGGGAGGAGGGCUUCAGGUGGGUGCUGAAGCCUGCAGUCUCUUAAUGCUCUACUGAUUUAAUCCGUUCCCCUGCGUUGCCAAACAAGCAGAUUCUUUUGAAAGAGAAAAAAAAAGAAAAAAAAGCCAAUUAAAAAAAAAGGCAAGAAAAAUAGCCAAGAAGAGCCCUCCUCAUCCUCCGUGCUGGGUGAACUGCAAGCCCCUGAAUGGAGAGGUGGGUCGUGGCACGGCUGACGCAGCCUUGGCCCCGUGCAAAGCCACGGUGGCGACUUGGCUGCAGCAAUAAUGAUCUCUGUUGACUCUGCACAAGAGGAGUCACUCGCCUCCGUUGUCCUGUGGAUGUCCAGCUUGGGAUUUCCCAGUAGCACAAGCCGGAAUUUAUUGUCGGCGUCACGCAACCGCUUCGGCACCUACGGCCCCAUUCCCCACGGGAGGAACCAGCCUGCCUGACGUGCAGCUCUUUCCCUGAUGAAAUGCCCCUACACUCUACAGCUGCUGAUUUUUUUUUUAAAGGUGUCUCUAAUGCCAGCUGUUCACCCGAGGUGAGGUUUCUCUGGACUGCACUGCUUCCAUAGAGUGAUGUUCGCAGUCCUCGUGCUUUCUUGUGGUUUUCUAUUUCGGACAAGAACAACUCCUCAUACUGUAACUAUGGAAUGUAGCACUUUGUUAAAUUAAAACAUUGGGAAAUAAAAAGCUGUCUGUCAUAUCUAA